GGCAGCGUUUUUCAAUCGAGUUCGUUUUCCGAGUUUUGUUUCGUUUCAUUUCCAUUCCGUUUCGUUUCGUUUACGUCGCAUGUGCGUGCGUCCGUGCAUGUAUCUGUAACUGCAUUUAUGCGUGUGUGCGUUUGUGUAUAUUUUGGUGUUUAAUAGUGUGGGCAGCGGAAAUAUGCAGCAGUUGACACACAACACACACUCAUAAGCAAUACCGAGAAUUGAAGCCAAACAAAAUUGAAAUCUACAGCAAAACAGCAUGGAAAAUCAAAAUUUAAGCAGCGAGCCAGCAGCUGAAGGCGGCGCCAGGAACAGCUCCUCGCCAGGCACAGCGCCAGCUUCGCCCGGCGAGGAAUGCGGCUGUGUGCGUCUGGGCAAAUGCAAAUGGUUUAACGUGGCCAAGGGCUGGGGCUUUCUAACGCCCAACGAUGGCGGCCAGGAGGUUUUUGUGCAUCAGAGUGUCAUACAAAUGGCCGGCUUUCGUUCGCUGGGCGAGCAGGAGGAGGUGGAGUUCGAGUGCCAGCGCACGGCACGCGGCCUGGAGGCGACACGUGUCUCGGGACGGCAGGGCGAUGAUUGUCACGGCAGCACCUAUCGGCCGCGCAUCAAUAGAAAAACUCGCCGCAUGCGCUGCUACAAUUGCGGCGAAUUCGCCAAUCAUAUUGCAUCGGAGUGCGCGAUAGGGCCGCAGCCGAAGCGCUGCCAUCGCUGCCGCAGCGAGGACCAUCUGCAUGCCGAUUGCCCGCAUCGCAGCGCCGCGGUGACACGAACCAGCAGGCGCAGCAAAAGCAUUGCCAGCGAAGAGGCAGCUGAGGCUAGCUCUGCAGCAGCAGCAGCAGCAGCAGCUCCCUAG